GUUCAGUGAAAUAUCAUCUGAAUUUUGCGAAUUAUACCAAACUCUCAUUCGCGACUAUCAUGGGCAGGAACAAAUCCCAGAAAUCGUCAGUACCGCAAAAAUCCAAGCUCAAGAAAGACCCUGGAAUACCAAGGCUUCCUCAACUAAAGGUUCGGAUUGCGGAGAAGCGGAAAUCUAGUUCUCCUGCGAUUCCCCAGCCUGAUGAUCCAGAUGCCUAUAUGGCUACUGAACCUACCCUGUCUUCACUAGCAGCUCUCGCUUCAGAAACCCAGGCGGCCGUAGACCAGGAUACCGCAUCUUAUGCGGGCUCCUCACAGAAGACAAAGGAGCAAAUUCGUCGCCACUACGUCCGUAUGCUACACAAAGUAAUCGAUGAAAGUGACAUCGUCAUUCUUGUGCUCGACGCUCGCGAUCCGGAGGGAUGUAGGAGUCGACUGGUCGAAGAAGAGGUAAGACGGAGAGAAAGUGAAGGGAAGAAGCUCGUGUUUGUGUUGAAUAAAAUCGAUUUGGUUUCAAAAGAGAAUGCUCAACAGUGGCUACGAUACUUGCGACAUUCCACGCCGACACUCCCAUUCCGUUCUGCUUCCUCCAAUCAACGUUCUCAUCUCAGCUCUACGACGGCACCCGGACUUAUGCGCCUUCUUAAAGCAUUCAAACCUAGUUCACAGAGUAUCACAGUCGGUGUUGUUGGGUUUCCAAACGUCGGUAAAAGCAGCCUCAUCAAUUCUUUGAAGCGAUCAAAGGCCUGUGCAGUGGCUGCACAGCCAGGUCACACGAAGGACCUUCAAUCCGUGCAGCUGGAGCGAGGAAUUAAGAUCGUCGAUUCACCUGGUGUAGUUUUUGAUGAAGACGAAUCAGGUGACUGUAGUCAAAAGGGCAGCAUUCUCCUACGAAAUGUCCUCAAAGUUGAGGAUAUAGAAGAUCCCAUCGCUGUCGUGGAAGAAAUCCUCGCGCGGACAGAACAUGAGACACUCCGAAAACUAUACAAUCUUCUCCAGUUCUCAAGCACGCUGGAGUUUCUCACCAUGCUUGCGCUCAACAGCGGACGCCUGCUCAAGGGAGGUACCCCUGAUCUACUUUCAGCCGCACGUCACGUUCUCAUGGACUGGAAUCACCAAAAAAUCCCCUAUUUCUCUGUCCCGCCCACCAUUCAUCCAUCGUCGAUGCCUUCUGCCACAACAGGCGCAGAAACCGUCGGGCAGUCACAAAUCCUCGAUUCAUUCUCCAGACCGUUUGAGCUUGCAGGUUUGUUUUGCACAGCAGACGCCGGCGCGUUCAAUGAAAAUGCACCGAUGCAGGAGCAGGUAGCUAUGGAUGACAGCGAAGUCAACAAUGACAUUGCUGCACGGGAAUCUGGCAUGAUAGUCGAUGAUGGCAUGACUGCGUCCGCACUAUCAAUCCCGUCAUCCCGCAAGCGUAUUCGUUCGCCCUCGUUGGUCACACAUGCAGGAGCUACCGACUCUUCAGUACAACUGCGCAUACCGAAGCGAUUCCGUCGCGCGAAGGACCUCUCUGCAUACGAAGAAGCAGCUGUGCGGAGCCAGAGUCGCGCGAUGAAUAGGCGGUCUCUGAAACAGGACCGCAAGCGCGCACGAAGGGCUGCUAACAAGUUGACCAAGGGCGAGUCGAGGAUGGAAGUUGAUGGGCUGCAGGAAACAUUUAUUGCUGAUGUGCGGGAAUAAACCACUGUUCUUUUUAUCUGCAUAUCAUGGCAUUUGGUUUUGUGCAAUGUCAACUCUGGCUCCGGGAAGUGAUAUCCACCA